AAAGUGAAUGAAAAACCAUGUUGUAGAAUAAUAAGUGUUAAUGUGAAGAGGCAGUAGUAGCUAUCAUUUUAAGCACUUGUUCUACGUCUUUUCUGAGAGCUUUCCAUGUACUAUUUUAUUUAUUAUUCAUUCAACCCUGGUGUGUCAUGAUGUGUGUGUGUGUGUGUGUGUGUGUGUGUGUGUGUGUGUGUGUGUUUUGAAGGCUGGGAGGGUCAGGGAUUCUGUGAACACUUUAGAGUUUUUUGAGGAUGAGCUAAUGGUGUCUUCCAUCUCCUGUCUCCUACACUGGCUUCUGAAUUGCUAUCCCCGCCCCAGCCGUCUGCUUUCCUGGGGCUCCACGAAACAUUUCCCCACUUUGCCUAUCCUAUGGUUGGUUGGGGUCAGUCGCUUUUUCACUUCCAUCAAGACAAGGCAGGCUCCCUGAGGAGGUAGGCUUUUUAGGAAGACUUAAAGGGGGUGAGGGACUAUCAUUAGGUAAAGCCCUGAAGAAAGGUACUGAAUGAUGGAUCUUCUAAAUGCAUAUUAAUGCUUAAUUGUUUCUGAUGUUCUUUGGAGAGCCUGAGCCUCUCCUAAUUUUCUUGAUCUCUCAACCCUGAGGAAGAGCUGUACUGUCUGUCACACUGGACCAGGAACUUGACUUCCUGCAUGGCAGUUCUAGAACGAUUCCACUGUCUUCCUAGCUAUGAACAUAGGAUGUGACAGUCCUGGACCUUAGUGAAUAUCACAGUGGUUACAAGAGUCUCUGGGUCCCUCCCCCUGGGCUCUCGCUCUCACUGAGAUCCUUCUGUAGGGGGGCCCAGAUGCAUCCAGAGUUUUUCUCAUGCUGUGUUUGAAACUUGACCAUUUUUUUUAAUGAUAAAGAAUAAUUUCAAUAAUGUAGAGUUGGUUUCUUAUUAAAUCAAAGGAGAAAGAUUAUCAAGCGUGGUAGGUAUUGUACUUUAAGUUGAUUACAAAAAGCUUUAUUGAGGGUUAACCACUAGGCAAUGGAUAGAAAAUCAAUUACACGGUAGUUAAACAUCCAAUAAUAUGUGUUGUAAUGAACAAUUCAUAUUUAACACCUCUUAUGAAAUAAUGAGCUGUGUUGGAGUUUUGGGGUAGCCAAGCAGCAGUUGGGAUAUGAGAGUAAAAUCUUGAGGAGGCUGACACCAUGUUUUAUCAAGUAGCAUCUCACGGCAUCAUGGUUAUGUGAGGGCCGGUUCACUUCCCAUUCCGGUAUCAUGCCUCCUGACAGCUGACAUGACCACACAGCUUCUAAGAGUCACCAGUCUAGACCGAGACCCAAGACUGCACUGACGUCAGAUUGGUAUGAAAGAGGAAGUCGUUAAGUCACUAAGAUGAUGCUGUGCAUCAUGAAAUUAACAUUUCCAGAUUUCCUUAGGUAAUGUGGACAGCCAGAGGGUCCUUUUCUCAUCCUAUCCCAGUCUAUAGAGACCCAUCUCUUCACCGUCUGCCAUAUUGUCUCCCACGUGAUACAUGAAAGCCUGACUCAGAACUCUUUAUAUUUAAAUGGUAUUUGCAUGUAGUGUGUUCAUGAAUAACUCAAUUCAGUUGCUAUUCAUGCUUUUCCUUUUUCACCACACCGCCCAAUCAAAUGUGAUUUCAAGCUAGGAAGGGGCCAUCCAGUCGCAAAACCUGCCAAGCCACCCACAUUUCUGGCUUCACUGAAGGUUGUUCUGUAAUUCCCUGUGUCUCCUUCUGCUCCAGGUUCUAUAAUAUGAAGCUAGUAUUUUCAAAGGAGUUCACAGUUUGUGCCUCCAGAAUCAGACCAUGGUAGAGUCCUUCAGUUUAGCCAAUUCACAGAUAUUUUGCAGAGUUACAGGAGAGGUGAAGGAGAAAGCAAAGAGUGGAAGACAAGAAGAAAAUAGCAGCGUUCAGGUGGCAAUUGGAAAUGAGAACCAGUGAAGCGGAGAGAAUACAAAGCGGCUAUUUCAUGGGUAGAAGAUCGCGAUGGGGAAGGUUCACUCAUGAGUAGGAGAAGCUGAGUGAGGAAAGGACAAUAGGAGGGAGUAAGCUAUUGGCUCAGAAAACACUGGCUUUGGCUGACAUUGUGAAGAUCAUAAAACCAACCUGAGAGCUGGGCCUCCAGAAGAGAGGAUGCUGUCUGGUGCUGGGCUACAUGGCCAAGGACAAGUUUCGGAGAAUGAAUGAAGGCCAAGUAUACUCCUUCAGCCAGCAGCCCCAGGACCAGGCCGUGGUGUCGGGCCAGCCAGUGACACUGCUGUGCGCCAUCCCCGAGUAUGAUGGCUUCGUUCUGUGGAUCAAAGACGGCUUGGCUCUGGGUGUGGGCAGGGACCUCUCAAGUUACCCACAGUACCUGGUGGUAGGGAACCACCUGUCAGGGGAACAUCACCUGAAGAUCCUGCGGGCGGAGCUGCAAGAUGAUGCCGUGUACGAGUGCCAGGCCAUCCAGGCCGCCAUACGGUCUCGCCCCGCACGCCUCACCGUCCUGGUGCCGCCCGAUGACCCGGUCAUCCUGGGGGGCCCUGUGAUCAGCCUGAGGGCGGGGGACCCACUCAACCUCACCUGCCACGCAGACAACGCCAAGCCUGCGGCCUCCAUCAUCUGGUUGCGGAAGGGAGAGGUCAUCAAUGGGGCCACCUACUCCAAGACUCUGCUUCGAGACGGCAAGCGUGAGAGCAUCGUGAGUACGCUCUUUGUCUCCCCCGGCGAUGUGGAGAAUGGACAGAGUAUCGUGUGCAGAGCCACCAACAAAGCCAUCCCCGGAGGGAAGGAGACUUCAGUCACCAUCGACAUCCAGCACCCCCCACUCGUCAACCUGUCGGUGGAACCACAGCCGGUGCUGGAGGACAACGUCGUCACGUUCCACUGCUCCGCAAAGGCCAACCCAGCUGUCACCCAGUACAGGUGGGCCAAGAGGGGCCAGAUCAUCAAGGAAGCAUCCGGAGAAGUGUACCGGACAGCUGUGGACUACACGUACUUCUCAGAGCCUGUCUCCUGUGAGGUGACCAAUGCCCUGGGCAGCACCAACAUCAGCCGCACGGUGGACGUCUACUUUGGGCCCAGGAUGACCACGGAGCCCCAAUCGCUGCUCGUGGAUCUGGGCUCUGAUGCCGUCUUCAGCUGUGCCUGGACAGGCAACCCAUCCCUGACCAUCGUCUGGAUGAAGCGGGGCUCUGGUGUGGUCCUGAGCAAUGAAAAGACACUGACCCUCAAAACCGUCCGUCAAGAGGAUGCUGGGAAAUAUGUGUGCAGAGCCGUGGUGCCCCGGGUGGGAGCUGGAGAGCGAGAGGUGACCCUGACAGUCAAUGGACCCCCCAUCAUCUCCAGCACCCAGACCCAGCAUGCCCUCCACGGGGAGAAGGGUCAGAUCAAGUGCUUUAUCCGGAGCACGCCGCCCCCCGACCGAAUUGCCUGGUCCUGGAAGGAGAACGUGCUGGAGUCCGGGACGUCGGGGCGCUACACGGUGGAGACGGUCAGCACCGAGGAGGGGGUCAUCUCCACCCUGACCAUCAGCAACAUCGUUCGGGCUGACUUCCAGACCAUCUACAACUGCACCGCCUGGAACAGCUUCGGCUCUGACACAGAGAUCAUCCGGCUCAAGGAACAAGGUUCGGAAAUGAAGUCGGGAGCCGGGCUGGAAGCAGAGUCUGUGCCGAUGGCCGUCAUCAUCGGGGUGGCCGUAGGAGCCGGUGUGGCCUUCCUCGUCCUUAUGGCAACCAUCGUGGCCUUCUGCUGUGCGCGCUCCCAGAGAAGUACGGGAGGGACCCCCGGGAUCUCAGGGAGGGGGACAGAGAAAAAGGCCAGGCUUAGACUGCCCCGGAGAGCAAAUCUCAAAGGGGUUGUGUCGGCCAAGAAUGACAUCCGAGUGGAGAUUGUCCACAAAGAGCCUGCGUCUGGUCGGGAGGCUGAGGAACACCCUACCAUCAAGCAGCUGAUGAUGGACCGGGGUGAAUUCCAACAAGACUCAGUACUGAAGCAGCUGGAGGUCCUCAAAGAGGAGGAGAAGGAGUUUCAGAACCUGAAGGACCCCACCAACGGCUACUACAGCGUCAACACCUUCAAAGAGCACCACUCGACGCCCACCAUCUCGCUAAGCAGCUGCCAGCCGGACCUGCGUCCCGCAGGCAAGCAGCGAGUGCCCACAGGCAUGUCCUUCACCAACAUCUACAGCACCCUGAGCGGCCAGGGCCGCCUGUACGACUACGGGCAGAGGUUCGUGCUGGGCAUGGGCAGCUCAUCCAUCGAGCUCUGCGAGCGGGAGUUCCAGAGAGGCUCUCUCAGCGACAGCAGCUCCUUCCUGGACACGCAGUGUGACAGCAGCGUCAGCAGCAGCGGCAAGCAGGACGGCUACGUGCAGUUCGACAAGGCCAGCAAGGCCUCCGCCUCCUCCUCCCACCACUCCCAGUCCUCCUCCCAAAACUCUGACCCCAGCCGACCCCUGCAGCGGAGGAUGCAGACUCACGUCUGAGGAUCC